AUGCAGACGACCUCAUUUGCACUCAUCACUGGCUGCAGCAGUGGGAUCGGGCAAGGGCUCGCAAUCGAAUUUGCAGCCAGGGGAGUCACUGUCCUCGCCACAGCACGACGCGUUGAAUCCCUCAGCGAGCUAACACGCGAGUACGACAACAUCGAAGCUUUUGCACUUGAUCUCGAUAAUCUAGAAAGUAUUGAAAAACUAUAUGAUGCUGUGUCUAAGCGCACAGGUGGUCGUUUGGAUUACCUGGUCAACAAUGCGGGGACACACUACGCGUCAACCGCAAUGGAUCUGGAAAUAGAAGAGGUCAUAAAGCUGUUUGGAGUCAACUUGUUCGCUGUCAUGCGGCUUUGUCAGGUUUUCGUACCGCUCCUCCGUUGUUCGCCUCGCGGGCGAAUUGUGCAGAUUGGAAGCGUAACUCGAGACAUACCAGUCGUAUGGCAAGGGCCAUAUAACGCCUCCAAGGCUGCUCUUAGUCAGUAUACUAAGACGCUCCGACUGGAGUUGAAGCCGCUCGGUAUAGACGUGAUCGAGAUUGUCACCGGCUAUGUGCAGAGCAACAUUCUGCAUCACGGACUCCACGCCCCGGAGACGUCCCUCUAUCUUCCCAUCAAGAAGAUUAUGGAGGAUAUUAAGUACCAAGGCAAUGCAAAUGGAAUGUCGCCAGGCGCCUAUGCUACAAAUGUCGUCACGAAGUUGAUGCGGCCACAGGUCAGCCCCGAGAUAUGGGAAGGAGCUAUGGCACGCCUUCUUCGUUUGCUCGCUGCAAUCCUACCGCUACGGCUACUGGACUGGAUUCUUUACCGAAAUUUCAAGCUCGACAUUGUGAAGGCCCAAUUGGAGGACGAAAACCGAAAUAAUGGAGCAUAA